AUGCCUCCACCACCACAGACGGACACGGCGGCGAUUUCGACGGUCAAGCAUCCCAAAUCCUUAAUGGCAGUAUUGCUCGAUACAAGGGUGCGAAGGGCUCUACAACUGGUCCUUUUGGCCGCCCUCUAUGCACCCAUCUCCCAGUUAAACCUAUCGCCUGUCUAUGGAGACAUACCAGCUGCCCUGUACCAUCAAUAUGGCCUCACUGUCUCCUUCAUGGUCGCCUUUGCCCUUCGGGGUUAUCUUCCAGCCUGGCUCUCACGCUUCAUCACUCCUUUCUGCUUCUGGAUUCCCAGCAUCCAAUUCUUCCUCUUCCGAUUCAGUUCGACUUUCGGUAACCCCUUGGGUCCUCUGAUCACGGAGCUCUUGACAUGUUAUCCUCUUGUGUUGUUGUCCACUUACUUUGCGAUCGAGGACUUCGACGAGACCUUCAGCCCCAGCCGUUCUGAUUCCUCGUUAGGAGAGGCUGUGCCGUCGAUGGGAUUGUUCGUGCUCUUCUCCGUCCUCCACAGAGCCUGCAAGGGGUUUGUCUCGUCACACCUCGGGCAUGGCUUCCUCACUUCACGGAUUGGAAUGCAGCUGGUCGUUGCUUCGCUAUAUGGGAUGGUUCUACAGAACAACAUCUUGUGGCCCUCACUUCCAGCAGUUGCUUUUACGAUGGUGGCAAAUCCUCAUUGCACGCUUUUACGAACCACGCAGGUGCUCAACAACACGUUGGCUCUCUACGACUAUACUUUACUGGAACGAAAAGAGUCCAUUACAGGCUAUAUUUCGGUGUUGGAGGACAACCAGCGAGGUUUUCGCGUCAUGAGGUGCGAUCACAGCCUCCUCGGCGGAGAAUGGAAAAUGCCGCCCCCAAACAGAGCCCCGAGGAAGGUCGCGGAACCGAUCUAUUCCAUCUUCGUGAUGCUUGAAGCAGUCCGUCUUGUUGAGGGCACCUCUACGAGCCCACAUAAGACCGCUCUGAACAUCGGGCUAGGAAUUGGAACUGCGCCAUCUGCCUUGAUCCACCAUGGGGUGAAUACCACCGUCAUGGAACUUGAUCCGGUCGUUCACGAAUUCGCGAUCAAGUACUUCAACUUUCCCCAUAACCAUAGCUAUUAUAUCGGGGAUGCCGUCCACGCGGUCACUACUGCGAACUCGACCGAGGCAGACUCGUAUGACUACAUCAUCCACGAUGUUUUCACUGGUGGAGCAGAACCCGUGGAACUCUUCACCACGGAAUUCCUCUCGGGGUUGCAUAUGCUUUUGAAGCCAGAUGGAGUCAUAGCCAUCAAUUACGCAGGGGAUCUCGCCAUGCCUGCAUCCUCUCUCAUUUAUAGGACGAUUGUGUCAGUAUUCCCUUCCUGUCGCGUUUUCCGGGAAGAUGAGGCACCUGCGCCUGGAGCCAAACAGGUCGACUUCACGAACAUGGUGUUCUUCUGCAGGAAGAAGAAAGGGCCGAUUACAUUUCGAAGACCCGUGGCCCAAGAUUUUCUGGGAAGUGGUGCUCGGCGAGAGUUUUUGAUACCAAAGCAUGAAAUCGACCCGAGCGAAUUCGACACUGAAGGCGGCGUUCUCAAAAGUGGACAGACAAAGGAGCUCGAGAAAUGGCAAGCAGAAAGUGCGUUGGGUCACUGGGUGGUUAUGAGAACAGUGCUGCCGGACGUUAUCUGGGAGAACUGGUGA